AUGUCUUUGGACGACUUCUUCAAUAAAAAGAGCAAGAAGAAGUCAAAGAAAACUAUUAAUGCGCAGGAACUCUUUGAGAAAAUCACUGACGGACCUCAGAGGCAAAAGUACGAGGCAGAAAAAAACUCUGAUGAUGUCGUUGACCCUCAGGCCGAGGAUACCGGAGAAUGGGAACCCAUUGUCAACGAUGACAUCGAACUUGAUUUUUCGAAUAUGCGUAUAAACGAUUUGUCGACCGCAAAAAACGAGGAAGAACAGGCGGUUAAUGAAAAUAUCAGUGCCGUAAACAAGUCCGAUGAUUCAAAGGUGGUUUGGGGCGGCAAGGCGAAAACAGAAGAACCAGAGGCGAAAGAGGAAAAGCCCUCUGAACCAGUCAAGUCGGGCGUAUACAUUCCAGUUAAUUUGAGACCUGGUGGUGCAGCCCUGUCUGCACUUUCCAAGCCUCGACCAAACCUGGAUAGCGUAGAAGAAUUCCCAACUUUAGACUUUGCUGCUCAAGCUAAAGCCAAAAAACCCGUUGUUUCUGAAAAACAGGAAGAUUCUUGGACAGAAGUAUCCAAAUCCUCUAGUGGUCACCGCAUGAAUGAACCGGCGUCCAUUGGUAGCAGUAGUGCUGCUUUCACAAACUUCAGGCGCGACGAUGCGCCACCGACCAAAUAUGCGGCUCCCGGUUUCCGGGAGUAUGGUCCCCGGUACGCGCGAGACGCAUCUCCCUCGAGACCUUCACCUUCCCAGCGUUCUGGUGGCUGGGUUCGAGGUGAACAUGUUAGAAGCAAGCAACCGCCCACUGUGGAACAAGUAUCGGCAGAUAAAAACAAUAGUUCGGAAGCCUCCAAACAUCACGGUAUUCUUCAUCAGAGGGAUAUUCUGUCGUUCACGCAAGAAAAUCGUUAUGCUCAAUUGGAUAACGCCUGA